UUCACCCCGUGACUUUAACAUGCAUAUCUCCGUCCUGUCAUGCUGCAGAAAUCCUCUCGAAACAGCAGAAAUUUUGGACUCUGGAACUGCCAGUCUGCUGUGAACAAAGCUGCCUUCAUCCCAGCUUUCGCCACACAGUCCACUCUCAGCAUCCUGGCACUGACGGAGACAUGGAUACGUCCUGAGGAUACAGCAACACCUGCUGCUCUCUCCAACAACUUGUCCUUCUCCCACACCCCUCGACAUACUGGUAGGGGUGGGGGAACAGGUUUGCUCAUUCAUAAUAACUGGACUUUUUCACCACAGGCUUCACUAUGUAACAAUACAUCUUUUGAAAUCCAUGCCAUUACUACAAUGCAAUCCACAAAAUUACAUGUUGUUGUCAUCUAUCGCCCCCCAGGUCAGCUGACAAGCUUUCUUGAGGAAUUGGAUGUCCUGCUGUCCUCCUUGCCAGAGGAUGGCAGGCCACUUGUGGUUCUUGGCGAUUUCAACAUACACCAAGACAAGCCCCAGGCCAUUGAACUGAAUACAUUUCUGGCCUCAUUUGACUUGGAAAGACUACACACCACAGCAACUCACAGGUCGGGCAACCAGCUGGACCUCAUUUUUACACGUAACUGUACCACCUCUAAUAUUCUUGUUACACCUUUACAUGUCUCUGAUCACUACUUUGUUCAAUUCAACAUGAUUCUCCCAUCCAUUGUAAAACCGACUCCACCUUUGGUUUCCUUUCGCCGUAACCUCCGUUCCCUCUCACCCUCUCGCCUUUCCACUGAUGUAUCUGCCUCUCUUCCCACAAUAAAUGUAUUUUCCAUGCUUGAUGUAAACACUGCCACAGACACACUUAGCUCUACUUUAACAACCUGUCUAGACAACAUCAGUCCUCUCUCCUCUAGACCAGCACGGACUACACCACCCAGCCCCUGGCUGUCUGACGUCCUUCGUGAACAUCGGACUGAUCUCAGGGCAGCUGAGAGGAGAUGCCGGAAAUCUAAAGAUCCAGCUGAUCUAGAACAAGCUGCUGGAUGACAAUCAGUCAGGCUUCAAACGUGGACACUCCACUGAGUCGCUGAGACAGGCAAAAGCUGAAUCCAGAUCAUCUGUUCUGCUGCCUUUGACACAGUCAACCAUCAGAUCCUACUCUCCACCCUCUCUAAACUGGGCAUCACUGGAACUGUGCUUGACUGGUUCAACUCUUAUCUCUCAGAAAGGUCCUUUGAGGUAGCCUGGAGAGGGGAGGUAUUCAAGCCACACUAGUUACUUACUGGGGUACCUCAGGGAUCAGUGCUUGGGCCACUUCUCUUCUCCAUAUACACAACAUCACUGGGACCCAUCAUCCAGUCACAUGGUUUCUCUUACCACUGCUACGCUGAUGACACUCAACUCUACUUGUCUUUCCAGCCCAACGACACCACAGUGACCGCUUGAAUCGCUGCCUGUCUGGCAGACAUCUCAGCCUGGAUGAAGGAACACCACCUUCAACUCAACCCAGCCAAGACCGAACUCCUUGUCUUUCCAGCCAACCCUGCUGUUGAACAUAACAUCACUGUGCAGCUGGGUCCAACUACAGUUUCACCUUCCAAAACGGUCAGAAAUCUAGGGGUAACCAUUGAUGAUGAGCUAAAUUUCACAGACCACAUUUCAAAGACUAGAUUUUGUAGAUUUACACUCUACAAUAUCAGGAAGAUAAGACCCUUCCUCUCUGUACAUGCCACACAACUGCUCGUUCAGUCCCUGGUCAUAACUAAACUGGACUAAAGUAACGCUCUCAUUGCAGGCCUUCCUAGUGCUAUCAGACCUUUUCAAAUGAUCCAGAAUGCAGCAGCACGUCUGGUCUUUAAUGAACCUAAGAGAGCACAUGUUACACCACUUUUUGUCUCUCUCCACUGGCUGCCGGUUCAUGCACGUAUUAAAUUCAAGGCCCUGAUGCUGGCAUACAAAACCAACUCAAUCCGGGAAGCUAACUCACUCUCUAUCUUCAAAAAACGGCUAAAAACACAUAUUUUCCAAAAGCACUUAACCGGUCACUAAAACAAAAACAAAAAACAACAAAAAAAAAAAUUAUUUACAUUCCUUGUUGCACUUAAAUCUGUCUUGUAUACUAUUCUGAUGAUAGUGAAACUUUGUAAUAUGGCACUUUUUGUACCACUGUCUCACUAAGAUGAUUCGCUGAUGUUUUUCCUCUUUUGUAAGUCACUUUGGAUAAAAGCGUCUGCCAAAUGAAUAAAUGUAAAUGUAAAUGUUAAUUUUGUUAUGGAACCAAAGUCCAAAGGGUUUAACACAGUAAAUAUUCUGAAUUACACCACUUCCUGUUCCCCCACAAAAAUUAGGCUUUUUUAAUAGAACAUAAGCAUGUGCUUUGAUUCUAAAGGAAAUCACUAAUCUUAAAACCAAGGUUUAAAAAAAUACAUACUUUUGCCCACAUAAUGUGAUGUUCAGUCCAAACGCGCCAACGCAUUGUGUAUGUGCAUGCAUGUGAGAGAGAGACUUAGCCUAUUGAUUUUUAGGUGGCCAGAUUUUUGAGGAUAUAUUUAAAGGUGCACUCAGUAAUAUUUCAUCUUGGACUAACACUGAC